AUGAGCCAAGGUACCGUCAAUGAGAGAAAUACGCCUCAGCGUACGAGAGCUUCGCGUCGUCGUGCUAAUGUUGAUGCUGGAGAAAACCAUCCGAUCGGAUUGCCUUACGAAAGACGACGUACUAGGAAUGCGAUCCAAAGCAAUGGACCACGUGUGAUUGUCCUAAGCGACAGCGAAGAAGAAGGUAUGGCUGCUAGCUCUCGUAACAGAAGAGGCGGACCUGCGCCUCCUCCGACUCCCGUUGUUAGUGAGGAGGGCCAGCAGCAAGGAAGUCGGCCGGCUCGCAGGACUCGUAGAACACGUGAACGUAAUGUGCGGCUCGUGCACAGGGAGCCUGUCAUAGUUCCAGAUGUGGAUGAUGGUGAAGGACAGCAAAAUGGUCUCCAUUACUGUGACUACUGUGAAAUAGACAAUGCCGACCCAUAUGUCUUGGCUGCCGAGCGCGACUUUUCUAUGCCUGGUCUCAUGGGUGAACGGAACAGGAUGCUUCAUCCUGUGCCGUUGAGUGGAAAUCGCUCGCAGGCAAAUGACAUUCCUCCUCCCAUCGACUUCUCUCUCGAAUUCGACACUGUGAAGCGAUAUGCCACCGUUAAUGAGUGCUGGCUUAUGAUCGCUUUCGUGCAAAGAAGGCUCGGUGAUGUACCUCCUACUCUUUCGGUCUUGCGUUGUCCUUUGGUGAAGGAGAGGCUCUCCCAACAUUGCUUCGUUACAGAGAUGAACACAAACACGCAUGAAGGAAUUCGCAUGGCUGCUAGAUAUGGGAUUGAUGUUUUUCCAACGGUAGUGAUAGUGGAUCCACGUAAUCUGAUGGAAGUGUGUAGGCUUACUGGCGAACACUUGGGAAAUGCACGCGAUUUCCUUGCGGAAUUUAAUGCUUUCAUCGUUGACCAUCCGAAUUACGAAGGUAGAGAAAUGGCCGGACAGGUACCUAUGGAUUCUGAUCCUGCAGGCACUGAAAAUAAUGUUUCGGAAGGAAACAGCUCGGGCUCGACUCGCAAACGCCAAAACGUUGCUCCUUUGAAGCGCUCGCCUAAAAGGGAGAAGUUGGAUGAUGGAGAUGAGAUCCGUCUUUCGAAUGAAGCGGGUGCUUUGAGCGUCGCGGAUAAAGGGGAGUGGAAGAACAUGGUGGCACCUGGAAGCCCUCCGUGCGUUGUGCGCUUCCGCUUCCCAUGUGACGACGGUAGCCGCACUGAGACUGUUCAAUUCACCAUGAACACUAAACUUGCAGCUCUUUUCUCGUUCAUCCGUGACCAUGGUUUCGUACCCUCUCGUCACUUGCUUGUUCUUUCGUUCCCUCGCCGUGAAUACUCGACUCAGCAUGGAAACAAAACUCUUGAAGAGCUUGGCUUUACCAAGUCGGAAGUGAUCCAUGUCGAUCACAUCGCGAGUGAUGGCCCUGCGAAUGCUGGACCGUCUUCUGGAGCACUUAAGAAAUGA